CAGCAAAGUCGAAUUCGAAAGCAAAAGUUCGACGAUCUCCGGAAAGAAAGAACUCCACUGAGCAGGCAUUGCCGUACCCGCCAGGGACAGCUGUGCUAGUGCAAGGGCCUGAUGGCAGGCCAAUGUAUGCGCCUUUGUACUCCGGGCCACCCAGCCCUGAGCUCAGCAAGUCGCGACCUGGCACCAGCGGGUCAAGAUCUUCUUCCAAGCAAAGUCGAAGGGAGCCGACGCCUCCAGAACAGAUGCUGCCGCUGCCACGAUACUACGAUACUCGAUCGGGCUCAAGUCGAUUCUUGCCAGAGGAUGCGGAGUGGUUUCCUCCACCGGCUCGAACACGAUCUGCGUCAAGUGCCCAGCAGUUCGAGUACGACUACGACAUGGCACCGCCGUUGCCUGCAGCGCAAUCGCGGCGAAACGUCAGUGGUCCUGCUGCACCAGGGCAUGGUGAGGUGCGGUAUGCUUCAUUGCGACGCACUCCACAAUCAUCGUCACCGCUGGCGCAAUCGAGAUCGAGUGCUUCGUGUGGUAGCGGGCUUCGUAGGGUGGAGACGAGCAGCAGUGAUAGUAGUGACGGGCAGGGUGUGCUUGUGGAUAUCGUGCCUGAUGAGCAUGGAGGAUUCAGUAUCCGCCAGACCUCGCCUGGUACCCCAAGCACGCCUGCUGCUACUGCCACUGCCACGACGACGCCUACCAAGUCAGGUAACGAGGCAAGGAAACGCAAGUCUGGUCGCAGAUAGCUUCUUCAUCAAUGAGCAAUAUUUCGGCUUCCUCGG